AUGACUUCUUCGGAUGCGGUACCCGCCAAGAGCAGAAGGGUCAGGACGGGCUGCUUGACUUGUAGGGAAAGACACCUCAAGUGCGAUGAGGGCACGCCGGACUGUUUGAACUGUCGGAAGAGCAAUAGAGAGUGCAAACGAGGCGUGCGGCUGAAUUUCAUCGAUAUGACUUGCAAGGAGCCACCUUACAUCCCCACGACAGAAGAGUGGGCGGUGCAAUUUCAAGACGAGUCUCGUAUAAUUGCGUCAGAAUAUCAAGGCGGUUUAGGAAGGUACCAAGCUGUCACUCCGCCGCGGGAAGCCGACCUUGGCCCUAGCCCUCGACUACAGCCACCCGUCAUUGAGAAUAUGGAACCGCAGAGCAGGGUCGAGAAUAGGUCUGUUUCCAUGAUGCCCACGGCCCAAUCAAUUUACUAUGGGGACCGGGGUCAGACACAUCUGGAUCUUAUCGCGGACGGCCAGCUGCAUUCGCGGAAGGGCAGUGAUGCGUCAUUCAUGGCACCUCUAGGCUCUGCCCACUCAGCAGGAUAUGGCAAUAUGAUGUCGGAUCAAUUUGUGACCGUUAAAAACGAAAUAAACCGCGCCCCCUCCCACAACGGGUACCGAAGUAGCGACGCGUCGACAGCAAACUCCGUGGCCGGCUUCACUGGUGUCGGCCCGCCCUCCACCUUUCGAGGCUCGGGGGAUAGUAACGUGGAAGCGGAUGUCGAUGCAGGUAUGAUGACACCUUCGAGUGAAAAAGCAGGGGAGCGCGAAUACCUCAAUUCACCCGAGGAAUUACGGUUCAUGCAGGUUUUCGUCUCUGAAGUAGGUGUAUGGAUGGACAGCCUCGAUAAGGAAAAGCAUUUCUCUCGCCUGAUCCCGUAUCAUGCGCUCAAAUGCCCGAUGCUUUUGAACGCACUCCUUGCAUGCGGAGUAAAGCAUCUAACUCUUACGCAACAAUAUGGUGACGAUAAGGCACUAUUCUACUACGACACGGCGACAACGCAGCUUCUGCGUAGCCUGCAGAACCCAGAACGUAACACUGCCGAAUGUGCGGCUACCGCUGUGGUGCUUAACGUUUACGAGAUCAUGAGCGAGAAGCCGACGCAGCGCAUGAGUCACAUCGCUGGCGCGCGAGCGCUCAUUCGUGAGUGCGGAUGGAAUGCGAAGAGCGAGGGCUUGGGCGCCGCUUGCUUUUGGUUGAACGUGGGCAUGGAACUUCUGUCGUGUCUAGCAUUCAACUGGCAGACCGCAUGGGAACCAGACCAAUGGGGCGUCGAUAUGGAUUUUAGUACCGAGACGGACACGGGCAACGAAGAGGUUUGGGUCCAUCGUAUUUUCUACAUCGUAGCCAAAAUCGCCAACUUCCGCGCCAGCAUCCCCAAGUUUCAAGAGCCUAGCCCCCGCGAUGAACAAGUCCGAUUGCAGGCCAGAUAUGCGGAGUGGCAGCGCCUCAAGAAUAUGUGUGACAGCUGGAACAAUUCGUGCCCUCGUCCCAUGCAUCCAUUCGGUUACUUAUAUCCUUCUCAGCAGACGGGUGCCAACAAAUCGUUGUUUCCAAAUGUUUGGCUCAUCAAGCGUGCCGCCAUUGUUGGUAGGCUCUAUUACCAUACAGCGCAGUGCUUGCUCGCGCAAAUCAACCCGGUCCUCCCUAAAGAUUCCGAAGAGGCCCGCAGCGUUCAGCAGCAUCAUGCUCAUCAGGUCUGCGGCAUCGUAGCACAUACUAAAGACCGCGGCGUUGCCAGCGUCUCCAUUCGAUCCUUAGCUAUCGUAGCCGAGAUCCUGACCGAUCUUGCAGAGCAGCGGGAGGUGGUAGCCACUUUGGAGAGGAUCGAUCGAGAGACAGGCUGGAAGCUUGCAGGUGUUAUCCAAAAUCUCAAGAAAAUUUGGGGUUGGGAGAAGAUGGGACAAAAAGGACUCGCGGCGCAGUUUCUACCACGAGCUACUGGCGGUCAUAAGACAACGAUGGGGCUACCAAAGCGCCAGCAGCAGAUGGAGCCCAUGCAGACUAUUCGGACGACUACUCCUCCACAACAGCAAAAAAUGCCCACAGUUUCGCAAUCAGGACCUCAACAAAUAGCAGCACCACGACCAAUACAUGUCAAUCCGUUAAGUUUUGCCGAUUUCAGUCUUCCAAACCAUCCGUAUCAGAAUUGGUAUGAGCCGCCUAGCCGGUCAAAUGCUUAUAAUUCCCAGGGACUUCUCUGA